UUAAAUGAUUGGGAAGUAAAAUAUGCUAAACUUAAUACAAUUGAAGGCUAUAUGAUUUGUUCAUUAAUGUCAAAAGUAACUGUUAAUGCUCGUGAUAAGUCAUGCAUAAUGUAUGAACUUGAGAUCAAUGUUUCUAAGCUAAAAAAUACUGAAAAAUAUGAAGUACACCUAUUUUUUGGUCGUGUACAUUUUUAUUUUCAUUAUGUAUUUCAUGGAAAAUAUCAACUACUUGCAUAUAUUCAUAAUGCUAAAAAUGUACGAAAAGGAUUAUAUGGCUUAUGUAGCUUUGAAGAAUUUGGUGAUUAUGAGUUUGUAGAUGUGUCAAGGGUACAAAGAUGUGUAGGAUUUUUGAAAGUUGGAAAAUGCUUUUAUGUUAUAGAUAAGGCUAAUUAG